AUGUCUAUAUCAAUUAACAGUUUGAAAUAUUAAGAUAAAGGUGUGUUAGUUGAUCUGCCAACAAUAACAGAAAGUUAUAAAUUUAAAGAUUAUAUAAAUUUAUAUAAAUCAAAUCAUAUCAGCUAAAUGAUUUGAGUUGGAAAGACUACCAAUACAAGAUAAUGUGGAGAUAAAGUAGUUUGUGAUAGAGGAUUAACACCACAUACUUUUGAUAUUAGAAAGAAUUUUCAUCGUAAAAAAUCUUAAAUAGAUUAUGGAGAAAUUCAAAAAAAAGAGAGGAGAAAGAUUACAUUCUAUUCAAUCAGAGUUCAUGAAAUAAGCAGAAGAAGAAGAAGAAAAAGGAUUAGAUGA